GAGGACGAAGAGGAACUAGAAGAGGAUAGAAGGAGAGAAGCGGAAAAGAUGUGCAAAACGUGUAUUAGACCUGUCUCUUAUGAGACUGUGGGUGCCUGCGGGCCCUGGGGACUCAGCGGCGCCUACAGGUCAGCGGCACUCAUCUCCCGCCGCCUGUGGUCCGCCCAGAGCUGCAAGGACGCCGCUGAAGGGGAGGCGGCCGGGGGAAGGGACGCGGAAGACUCACCGGGUGGGUUGUGCGAGGAAGCGAGGGCCGCGAGUUCGAGGACCAGCGGGAGGAGCUCAAGAAGUCACUCCCUCGACAACGUUCUCGGCGGAGGUCUUUUGUCCCACACCCAUGCCCUGCCAGACGCCCACGGCCUCGGCGGGGACAAGGACAAGGACGAGGGUGUCUGUCUAGAUACCCCGACGGUCAGAGGCACCGAGGCGAAGCACGCGAACAUUAGUAAGGGAAGCAGCGCCGCGCAGGGCCGCCGCCAGAAUGAGAUAACACAGACCGAGGCUCCAGCUUCAGAGGACCUCCGAGGCCGGAAUGGAAGGAAGUUCGGGCAGGGCGAUCUACUGUCCGACGCAGGAGUAGCAGACGGCUCCAGGCCAGGUCCGGACACCAAGCUGGAGCCCUCCACGGAAUCCCAGCGGCGGCCCUUCUUCUUCCUCCCUUCAGAAGACGAGGACGAAUGCUACCACACCGAACAGGACCUCCAGAAAGACCCCGACCUCUACCCUUACCCCAAGACCGGCGGGCAAGGACUUAGCGACAGCCACGCCCUCGCCACCACAACCUCACACCCCACCCUGAGCCACAAGCCCCCCGCCGCGCCGUCCUCCCCAAGAACCGCACACAAGAACUCCGUCACUGAAGGGUCGGCGGAGAUCAAGAACCGAAUCCGAUACUGUCUUCAGCGAGCUCGGAGCCGGAGUUCAUCGCUCUCCGGCCUUGGUAGCUUCGAGGCAGGACUGUACCGUCUGGAGGGACUUCUGGAAGGCGGUAACAAGGUGGAGGAGACGCCAUCUGUUGAGAACUUCCUGAACCGCUAUCAACAGUCGCUGUCCUACUCCAGCCUGCCCGUCACCCGCCCGCGCCCAACGGAGAAUGUGAUGCCUAAGAAGUUCAAGGACGCCGGCACCAUCACAGAUGUGUGUACGGGAGACAAUGUUGCAGAGGUCGAGCUGAUCAGUUUGGUUCAAGAGCAAAUUCCCUGCUACAAGUUACGGGCGGACACCAUCACCGAGUUCUCAGGCUACGACAACGCAGACUGGAGCGUGCCCUUCCCCGCCCUGAAGGAGGAGGAGGCGGAGGCCCUGAGUCCGGAGCAGGCAGAAGGAGCACUCGCCUACUUCGGUAAGUUGAUUAAGAGCGCGCACAGGUGACCCCAAAUUGACCCCCACGUGACUCCAGGUAAGUUUUAUUGGAGGUCAGACAGGCGAGGUGGACCAGGACGAGGUUAUCCAAUCAAUAUGUAAUCCAGGUGAGCCAAUAUUGAUACCUGUUAAUAGUGUGUUGGGGAGAGUGUAUAGGAGGAGAAGAAAGAGGAGGAGGAGGAAGAAGGGGUACUCAGUUAUGUAAUUUUCUUCCUUUUAUAACUAGUGUUCGUGUUUGUAUUUAUUUUUUAUUCAAUGUUUUUUUUCUCAUAUGCAAAGAAGAGGAGAAAGAGAGGAAGGAUUACUCAGCCAUAGUCUCCCUUUCCUUUAUAUUACUUAGUGCGUUCGUGUUUGUAUUUAUUUCGUAUUCAAUGUUAUUAUUUUAUUCAUAGGUUAGGGAAGAAAAGUCACAAUUGAGGUGGAUUUAAAGGGUUGGUCUUCGUUCUGGCAACACUUAAUCCCUCUCACCUCUGCCUACCUUUUCCUAAUUAACAAGUAAACGCCACAGGUACGAAUGGUGAAGCAGGAGACGAAAAGAUAGAUAGAUAGAAAGUGAGAUGAUGAAAUGGUAAAGAAAGGGUAGAAAGAGGAGGAACAACGAAGAAAAGGGGGAACAAGUGAUGGCGUGAUAAUGUAGAAGAGAAUGAGAGGAAGGAAGGAAUUAUAGCUAUUGUGUAUGUGUGUGUGUGUGUGUGUGUGUGUGUGUGUGUGUGUGUGUGUGUGUGUGUGUGUGUGUGUGUAGGUGAGGCUUUGCUAUGUUAUGUUUUGUCAAGGUUAAAAGACUAGAGGAAGGAAGGAAGGAGAGGAAGGAGAAUGAAUGAGAAGUAAAGGAGAAAGGCGAUUAUGAAAAGGAGGAACAGCGGCAAUACGAAAGAGGGAAGAAAGGAAAAUAAGAGAUAAUGAAAAGUAGGAAAGAUAAAAUACGAUUAACGUGGAAAGAUGAAAAGGAAAAAAACUAGAAAAGAAGAAAGAAAAUUAUAAAGAAAGACUAAAAUAAAUGGGUGUAAUACUGAAGGAAAAUUGAGAGAAAAACAAAUUACUGAUGAAAGAUAAGAAAAGGCAAAAAAAAAAAAGAAGAAAAAAAGAGAGAUAGAAGAACAGGAAUAGAAGUUAAAAAAAGAAAGAUUAGAUAAAGUACUAUCAAACGCUGGAGAGAAAAACAAGAAGACGGAAAGGGAAGAGGAAAAGAAAACGAAAGUAAACAAAAGGAUAAAAGGAAGAAUAUAGGAAAAACAGAAUACGAUUAACGAGUGAAAAGAUAAAAAAAGAAGAUAGAAAAUUAUAAAGAAAGAAGACUGAAAAAAAAACGGAUGUAAUACUGAAAGGAAAAAAAAGAAAAAUCGAAUUACUGAUGAAAAAUAAGAAAAAAACAAAGCAAAAAAAAUAAGAAAAGAGAGAUAGAAGAACAGGAAUAGAAGUUAAGAAAAGAAAGAUUAAAUAAAACACUAGCAAACAUUGGAAAGAAAAAUAAGGAAGGAGAAGUCAGGAGGAAAGGAAA